AUGGAGGAAUACGUUACCCGCGGCGUGUGCGGGCAGGACGGAUGUCUUGAGAUGCGGUAUAUCUUGGAAAAUGGGCUGUGGUUUUGUCGGGGGGGGCAUCAGCAGGAGCCCCUCGUCAAGGAUCUCUGGUCCCUCCGUCUGCCCCAGCUCUACAGCUGCAGCAGAGAUCGGUAUGGCUAUGCAUCAGCCUCCGACCAUGGCCAGGAUGGCGAGAGCAGUCAAACAGAGGUAUUCAGUUCGCAGGCUGCAGGAACAGGUACAGGUAUAGGUACAGGCACGGAUGCAGACAGAGAGGGGGAGGAAGAUGAGGUCGAAGAGGAGACGGCCUAUCAGCGGCGCCGAAUGCUGGAGUCGCCGAAGCUGAUUGACUCGCUGGCGCUGUGCUAUUUGGGCGUGCUGUUGUUGAGGGUGCCGUUGGGGCUUGGGAGGGUGGAGAGAUGGAUCCUGAACGACGAAAUACCCCUGAUCAGGGCGAUCAGGUUUAUACCGCAGGAUAUGAAGGAUCGGUUGCCGGCGGCGUAUCAUUUUGCGCUGGAUACGAAGAACGUGCCAACGGGCUACCAACUCCACCGCGCCAUCGCGGAUCUAGCAGCCUUUUACCACAAAGAAUUCGGCGUGGAGAUCCCGCCGCUCAACGCCCCGCUUAUGCUACUUACAUAUAUCAAACAGCUCUCAUUACCACUCGAGCCUUUUCUCCCCGUCCUAAAUCGGCUACAGCAACUAGCUGGCUACAGCUUCAGCUACUCCUCCCCCAUUACAUGCAGCACAACCACAUCUACCAGAAGAAAAUGCAAGCGGAAAUUCCACCGCAACCACCUCCCUGAAGUCCAGCUCGUAUCCCUCCUGAUCAUUGCUGUGAAGCUCUUUUACCCCUUUGAUGACGGGGAGGGAAGUACUGAUGGCCUAACGAAUGUGAAGAGGUAUCCGUUCUCGUGGCGUGAUCCUGCAGCGCAGAUUAUGAAUUGGGAGGCGUGGAGGGUGUUUCAGGGGGAGGGGAAGGGGAAGGGGAAGGAGAAGGAGAGGCAGAUUGGAGUUCGAGCUGGGGAUGUGUUUGGGAUGAAUGAGGGAGAGAUUGAUAAGUAUUUGGAUUGGUAUGAGGGAAUGUUUGCGGGGAGGGGAACUUCGAAUCCGUUUACGGACAUGUUCCCAACAAGCCGAACGGGCACUGACAACAGCAGCAAUGAAACUGCACCUGCGCAGACGCAGCAAGGACAGCAACAACAACAAGAAGAAGGAGAAGGAGAAGAAGAAGACACCCUACUCACAACAGCACUCCACAAUGUUCUCGGCGAGCUACGGAUUCGUCGUGCAAUCAGCGUGGGCUCUACAAACGAUGCCGCCGAACAACAAAAAGCCCAAACCAAGUCCUGCACUGCCAUUCCAGCCACAGUCCCCCGUCCAGGGAGCUUUUACAAACGCUCCCAGACGGAAGAGCAGCUGAAUGAGCGGGCUAGGGCUUUCUACGAGGCGGCCGCAAGGGUUAUUGGAGUUUCGUUGCGGACGGUGGUUAUUGGGGUGUAUCAUACGGAGAGGAGGAUUAGGGCGGGAUGGGUUGGUGGGAAUGGUAUGGAGGAAGUUAGUGAGGGGGAGGGUGAGAAUGAGGGGGGUGGAGAGGAGUGGGGUGGAAAUGGGGAUAGUAAUGGGGAUGUGAUGAUGGAGAAGGUGGACGGGGAUGAGGAUGAGGAUGAGGAUGAGGAUGAGGAUAUGGGGGAGACAGCGAAGUCCUCAAUUGCCAGCGACCCAACGUCGGAAGUUGACGAGAGACGUGUAGAGUCAAACCCAUCCAGCAACGACAGAGCUUUCAAAGUAUCAGCAACCAUGCAGAUCUUCGUCAAAACCCUCACGGGCAAGACCAUCACCCUCGAGGUCGAGUCCAGCGAUACCAUCGACAAUGUAAAGUCGAAAAUUCAGGACAAGGAGGGUAUCCCACCUGAUCAGCAGCGAUUGAUCUUCGCUGGCAAGCAGCUUGAGGACGGCCGAACGCUUAGUGAUUAUAAUAUCCAGAAAGAAUCCACCCUUCACCUCGUCCUCCGCCUCCGUGGUGGUAUCAUCGAACCCUCGCUCAGAGCCCUCGCCAGCAAAUACAACUGCGACAAGAUGAUCUGCCGGAAGUGCUAUGCCCGCCUCCCCCCCCGGGCCACUAACUGCCGAAAGAAGAAAUGUGGCCACACUAACCAACUCCGACCAAAGAAGAAGCUGAAGUAG